AUACAAGAGCAGCUGAGCAAAACGUCACUAUUUCUCAUCAGUUACAACUGCAACCAAAAAUAAAACACUUUCACUAUCCUUUCAAAACAUUUUUAGAAAUCUCAAGCAGUGUGUUUCAUAUCAUUGUAAUUAAUUACAUGUUCUCACUUGUUCAAUUAUAAAUACAAAUACAUUAAAAACCAUUCAUAGCGCAGCCUCUUAUGCAUCAGGAGACUGCUGGAAGAAACAGAAGAGUGCAAUAAUAAAGUUCAUUAAGAGAAACCUUUAGGUAUUAGUAUUAGUAUUAAAUGCAUAAAAUGUUACAAAAAACACAGACAGAGAACUGAGAACACAGAGACGCAAGAAAUAGCAUCAUUUCAUUAAAGUGAAUCAGUUCAAAGUGGCUCUAAAUAUAGAGGUAACAUGACAUUCAACAGUAGUUUCAUAAUCCUCAUUACCAACCACUUCUGUGGAAAAAAAGUCGCCCUCAGCUGCAACAUGUGCUGCUCAACCACCGAUGUCCAACACACUCAUUAUGAGCCAUUCGACUACUAGCAGCCACUUAACUACCGGUUCAUACUACUAACUCACGGCAGUCCGUGUAGAGACACAGAAUGGAGCAUUUCAACAGAAUGACGGCUCCUGCUUCGGAUAAACUUAGGCAGCUCCAAAAAAUGGUCCAAGACAUAAAAAAGAAUGACGACAGCCUUUUCAACAGAUUAAAAAGGUUUCAGACAGAACAAGCAGCUAAUAUUCUCAAAACCGGGAGAAAUACUCUGGACCGAAUAAAGAAGAAAAGACCUCCGAAAGUACCAGUACGAGACUAUCAAGGUGAAGCUCCAGAUUCUGACAAGGACUCUGACUCAGAUUUUGACAGCGAUACGUAUGAGGACCCUCAGGGUGAACAUGACGACAGCUACGAACCUCCGCCGAGGCAUGAAGGACACAUGAAGGCCUUUACAGUCAGCCCGUCCAUCACCAACCCCAGAGGAGAGUAUGUGGACAGCUGUCGUGAUCGACCGGAAAAACCAAACCAUCCCGUCCAUAUGCAACAGCGGCAGAAACCCCCACGACCGACCCACCGCAGCCUGAGAGAGGAAGAUGAUGGCGAUUACAUUGAGCCGGAGGACGAAAGAGCUGAUGAUAAUUACAUUGACCCCACUGGGAAAACACCAUCAAAGCCGCCGAUUAACAGAGGAGCCAAACCGUGUGGAAAAAGUCCUGAUUUCUGCGUGGUUCCUGAUAUGAAGGAGAAUUCUCAGUCUAAGACCAGCAGGAGUAACACAACUCUACAACCCAACACACAGAAGGCGCCACCUAAAGCCAGUCCACGAAUGAACGUCAAAAGGCCAACAACAACUCAAGAACCAAAGUCAGAGGAUGAGUAUGAGGUGUGUGACGCAGAAGACAGUGUUAAUGAAGGGCCAGAGGAGACCACAGAGGCCCGGAGACCAUCAGUACCUCUGCCGCUACCUAGAGACCUGAAGAAACCAAAUCCUGCCGUGAUAGCGAAACCAAACAUUCCUCACAGGGACAGUGAAGCCACACCGAUUAAAACAACACCAGUAACUAUACCACGAAGCUCACCAGACACCAUGCCGAGCCCAUCAGCAACAGGGUUCCAUCGAGCCAAGAUGCCUCUGCCUCGGCAGCUUCCCCCACAGAGCAGAGGGACGUUGCCUUCAGACAGCAGAUCAGCUAGAGAUGCUGAAGAGGAAGCUGGUGUGUAUAAAAAGGUUUGGUAUGCAAGCAGCUGUGACCGCAAGACAGCAGAGGACGCUCUCAUACGCUCAGCUAAGGACGGCUCUUUUCUGCUCAGGAAGAGCUCUGGUGUGGACGCACAGCAGCCGUACACCCUGGUGGUGUUUUACAACAGUCGAGUUUACAACAUCCCUGUCCGCUACAUCACUUCCACCAAGCAGUAUGCUUUGGGGAAAGAAAAACAAGGAGAGGAGCGUUUCAGCAGCGUCUCAGACAUCGUUGAGAACCACCAGAAGAAUCCUCUAGUGCUGGUCGACUCACAGAGCAACACCAAAGACUACACCAAACUCAGACACGCAGUCAAGCCUUGAGGCAGCUGUGAAACUCAAGACAUUCAUGACAAAUAUAACUGCAUUGAGAGGGUGCUGACAUUCAUUCAACUGUGUGGUAGUGUCACAUUUACCUUAAUACAGGAUGGAAACAGAUACGCUUGCAAAGCUGGGACUUGCUGCUACUUUUAUAACUUAUUUAGCCGAAUGACAUGUGAUAUUUUUAUUCUGACGGUGACAAAAGUAUGUUGCGCAUUUAAAAAUACAGCAUAAGAGAAUGCGUUCUGUGCAAACCACCCCGAAAAACAGGGAGAAGAGCAAUGUUAUAUAAAGAUAUACACACAUAUGGUACAGUUUAUACAUGUUUAUGGGUGUAUGAUUACGUGUUUUGUAUUACAAAGUGUAUUGAGUAAAAAAAAAAAUUUUUAAAUUUAAUUAAAGCGAUUGUUUUUAUGUAUUAUGUUGUGUAAAAUUAUAAUGAUUUGCACUGUACAACCCUAAAUAUUUGCAUAAAGGGGAAUAUUUGUCACGUGG